UUCAAUGACACUCAUGUGCUAGGUACAAGCUAGCUUAGAAGAAACACAUCAAAACCUUUGUGCUGCCUUCGAUUUUUGAGAUAAAUAGUAUAACCCUCUCCUCAACUUUCAAUGUGAUUCUUUAGAAUCUCGUCUUUAUUUCCAUUCAGAAAUCUUGCAAACUCUCUCUUGUUUCUCUCUUCAAUUAAACUUCCAUGGAGAAGAGAGGCAGUAAUAUGAAGCUUAAGGUUGUUGAAGUUUGUAAGAUCUCUCCAUCAAAAUCAAUUACAUCACAAUUAUCUCUCAAUCUCAGUGUCUUUGAUUGGCUCUACUUAACAUCCCCUCAAAACGGACGUAUUUUCUUUUAUCCACUCCCUCUCACAAAUUCAUUCUUCCACUCCAUCCUAAUCCCCAAACUCAAACAUUCCCUCUCUCUCACUCUCAACCACUUCCUCCCUCUCGCUGGCACCCUCCUCUGGCCCCACAAUUCUCCCCUACCCUUCAUCCUCUACGCGCCAAACGAUGCCGUUUCCUUCGUCGUCGCCGAGACCGACUCCGACUUUGACCGUGUCUCCGGCAGCCACGCGCGCAUGCUCAAAGACUACUCUCCGUCGUCUCUUGUGCCGAAGAUCAUCCCAUCGUCGGAAACCGCCGUCCCACUCAUGGCCGUGCAGGUCACCAAGUUCCCCAAAAAUGGCUUCUCCAUCGGCUUAGCCACCCACCGUGUAGUUUUCGACGGGAAAAGCUCCAACAUUUUCCUCAAAUCAUGGGCUCACAUUUGCAAAAUGAUCAAUAUGGGUGCAACCCAAUUUUGUUUGCAGCCCGAAUUCUCUCCUUCAUUCGAAAGAGGCGCCAAUUUGCUCCUCCAAAACCCGUUUGGCCCCAAAAACAGAACCUUGAAAUUGUCAUCCCCACGCUCUCCGCCGCCGUCCAAUUGGCUCCGAGGCACAUUCCAUUUGACUCCCACCAACAUUCAAACCCUCGAGAAAAGGGUAUCGCAGUGGAUGGAGAAAACUUCAUCCCAACAAUUCUACCUAUCAAAAUUCGUCGUGGUCUACGCCUACGUGUCGGUUUGUUUAAUCAAAGCAAAACAAGAGGAAUGUAGUGAGAAAAUCUACAUGUCGUUUCAUGCCGAUGCUCGUUGGCUAUUGGACCCUCCAGUUUCGAGCAAUUACAUUGGCAAUUGUGUCACUUAUCCCGCAGUGCUGGUGGAGGCAAGAGAGUUCAGAGAAGACGAUGGGCUUCCAAACAUUGCCAAGAAAAUUAGUAAUUUGAUUGUGGAGCUGAGAAGAAGUCGAGCCAUUAAUGUGUGUGACCAUAAUUAUGAACCUUUUUCUUCCUCUAACAGCUCCAAUGAUUUAUUGGGGGGAGUUGAAGUUUGUUUUAAUGUGGAUUCGCCAAAAUCGAGGUUUUAUGAGACGGAUUUUGGGUGGGGAAGGCCCAACAAGAUUGAUGUAGUUUUGGAAGAAUGUAAUAGUUUUUCGUUGUUGGACAGUAGAGAUCAUGGAGGUGGUGGUGUUGAAGUUGGCCUUCUUCUUCCAACCCAUCAAUUCCACAUCUUUGCUUCUCUAUUUUCUAAGGCUUUAAAUUAGCCCCAUUCAAAUUUCGUUUUGGG